UCGAGAUCGCUCUUAAGUUAACUGGAGUCAAGGCGCAAACAGUUAAAGCCGCUCUCACAAGAUUGCCUGCCCCGGCCAUUGAAGAAGUCAAGACUCAAGAAACCCCAUCGUUAUCUUCCCGUUCCCGGCAACGUCGCGAUUCCACUUGCAAGUAAUGGAACCAAGUCCCAAGAGAACGAAUGGAAUGGAGUUGUCGAAUCUUACCAACGAAGAUGCGGAAUUGAUCCGCGAACUGACGGCGGAAUUUGAGGAGAUACUGGCCGUAAAAAACCAACAAAUAAAGCAAGUUCAAGAGGAACUGGAAGCUGUCCGCAUGGUACUUAAUACGGAACCCCUGGUCCUCAACAGGGAAAGUCGCCCCGUGAAAGUCGCUCCGUGGCAGUCGUUUGGGGUUGCAGACCACGAUGCUGCAAACCCUGCGCCGAAUGGAGGAGCCAUUGGAGGCGUUGGCGGAGGCGAAGGCAUUGGCGGAGGCGUUGGCGGAGGCGAAGGCGUUGGUGGAGGCGGUGCCGGAGUCGGUGGUGGAGACGGUGCCAACCGCCACUAGGCCAGAUUUUGAAGACGUUCCCUUUGGAGCCUAUUCCGGCUGACCAUUGGACGCAAAUUUGUAUCCCCCCCUCUUGUUCUGGAAUCUAACGAUUUCCUUUCCCCAUU